AGCAAACUCAGCUGCAUGCCUUGCUAAUGUUUGUUAACUGAAAGGACAAAUUGAUUGCCAACAACCUUAACUUGACAAUACAUGUUGAAAUCUUUGUUUGCAAUAUCUCCAUUCUCUAAAUCAAGAAAUACAGGAUAAGAACGUCAUGAACACCAUUAUGAAUCCAUGGCAAGAUAAUUGCGUAACGUGGUGUAAGAAAACAAGAAACUAUCACUUUUUGAUAUUAGAUCAUCAAGAAUCGGAAUUGCAUUGGUAACCAAUUGAUGGCUUAUCUAGCAUAGCGAGACAGGUUCUAAUAAGAGCAUGUCCUCUUUCAGUUUGCUCCACCCAGUGAUCAACAUCUUUAAUGCUCAUAAGUACUCCUUGAAUCUUGAACACCUACCAAAACACAAUCUUGAAUAUUGAAAGUCCACCAAAAAGACUCGAGUGAGAAAGUGUUCAUGGCGGCUGCGACUAGUACUCCUACAGAAUUUGAAGAAAACAGCAAUGAUGAUGAUAAGAGUGAAAUGAACAUUACUAACUAUCUGAUAGUGAGGCCAGAAAAGGGAGGAAUAUUGGAUUUGUUAAGGUACUUGGUGUGGGCUGACAUAGGGAGUGGUGUGAAAUUCUUGGAGAGCUCGGACGAGGGAAUCAUGGGUGGAGAGGCCGCUGAUCAUAGGUGGAUAAUAUUGGUGUCUAUUAUUGUUAGGAAGAUCAUUUCUUUAUUUGGCAAGCCCAUGGAGUACACUGGCUUCGUGGCUGAUUUCUUUCUCAAUCUCCUGUUCCAAAAUGGUGGCAUCAUGGGCUUAGUUCUCAAUUUUCUCCAAGGAAAGGUUGUGACACCACAGAGAGACACAGAGACUUUUAUAAGUACAAUUGGGCAUUUGGAUGGGCGGAUAGACCUGUACAGAGAUGAAAACUUGCUUGAACAACUAGAUAAUUCGGUUUCUGCAGAGAAAAUAGCCACAGAAGAAAUAGGGAACCGCGCUCUUAUGGACCUCUGUAUCAUGGCAUCCAAAUUAGCUUAUGAGAAUGCCAAAGUUGUUCAAAGUACUGUUGUUCAACACUGGAAGAUGCAUUUUGUGGACUUCUACAACUGCUGGAACGAUUUUCAAAAGGAAAUGUCCACUCAGGUGUUCAUACUUUGUGACAAGCCCAAGGAUGCAAACUUAAUAUUGAUCAGCUUUCGGGGCACGGAACCUUUUGACGCCGAUGAUUGGGGUACUGAUUUCGAUUACUCUUGGUAUGAGAUUCCGAAACUGGGAAGAGUCCAUAUGGGAUUCUUAGAAGCAUUAGGUUUGGGCCAUAGAGCAGAUACGGCCACCUUCCAUAAUCACCUUCAGAUGAAGAGCACAAGUUUCAACCAUGGUUAUGAUGGAUCUGGAUCACUAUCAUCAAAUACUGAUUCUGACAUGGAAGAAAAUGAACGGGACCAAUUUUCAGCCUCUGAGGAGGGCACUGCUGUAGGUCAUAAGAAGUUCCUGUCAGAAAAGGUGAAGAAGACUGCGUACUAUGCUGUGAGAAAGAAGCUUAAGAGCAUACUCAUGGAGCACAAGAAUGCGAAAUUUGUAGUCACUGGGCAUAGCUUAGGUGGGGCACUUGCUGUUUUGUUCCCAACUGUGUUGGUGCUGCACCAACAGACGGAUAUAAUGAAAAGGUUGCUUGGGGUUUACACAUUUGGGCAGCCAAGGAUUGGGAACUUGCAGCUAGCAAAGUUCAUGGAAGCCCAUUUGGAGUAUCCUGUUCCUAAAUACUUCAGGGUGGUGUACAGCUAUGACCUUGUCCCUAGAUUGCCUUGCGAUGACAAAACAUUCCUGUAUAAGCAUUUCGGAGUGUGCCUUUACUACAACAGCCUUUAUAUUGAACAAAAAUUGGAUGAGGAGCCAGACCCCAACUUCUAUGGGUUGAGAAAUGUUGUUUCGGCACAUCUGAAUUCUGUAUGGGAGUUAAUAAGAAGUUUCGUAGUUGGCUACACACAUGGGCCAAUGUACAAAGAAAGUUGGUUCAUGAUAUUUGCCAGGAUAAUGGGACUGGCACUCCCUGGUAUUGCUGCGCAUUGCCCCACAGAUUAUGUUAAUUCGGUAAGACUGGGAAAGGAGCGAGUUGUUCGAAUGUCUUCUUUCUGAGAGGUUUCUGCUGCAAAUGAUGUCGGCGAUGGUGCCAAGAUGAAUUUUAUGCUUCAUCAUGGAUAAAGUGUCUAGUUGUCUAAGUUACUUGUUGAAUCCUAUAACAAAUUGUGCAGAACAAAACUAAGGAAAGACAAGUUGUGUAGAAGAUCAUAUUUUAUUGAUUGCAUAAUUAUCUUAAA